UGCAGCAGCCGAAAACCAAGGAAAGAGGAAGGAAGACACGGCCGCUGGCAGCUCAUGGAGGGUACUAAACCAAAGAGAUGUGGGUCCAAGAAUAUCCUGGUCAUCCUUGGAUUCUUAUUUUUCUUGGCUGUGAUUGCUUUAAUCACAGUGGGCCUAACCCAGAACAAGCCACUGCCAGAAAAUGUUAAGUAUGGGAUCGUACUGGAUGCAGGCUCUUCUCACACCAACAUGUACAUCUACAACUGGCCGGCAGAGAAGGAGAACGACACCGGAGUGGUGCGACAGGUGGAAGUGUGCAAGGUACAAGGUCCUGGCAUCUCAGGGUAUGCCCAGAAGGUAGAAGACGUAGGCUUUUACCUAAACCAAUGCAUGGACAGAGCAAAGCAAGUGAUUCCCAAGGAGCAGCACCAACAGACUCCUGUUUAUCUUGGAGCCACGGCUGGUAUGAGGUUGCUCAGGAUGGAGAGCAGCACCCUGUCGGAUAGAGUCCUGACGGCUGUGAGACAGAGCCUCACUGCUUACCCUUUUGAUUUCCAAGGGGCCAGGAUCAUCACUGGCCAGGAAGAAGGUGCCUAUGGCUGGAUUACCAUUAACUACUUGUUAGGCAAAUUCAACCAGACUGUCAGCUGGCUCAGAAUUCUGCCCAGAAGAGAAGAUCCCCAGGAAACCUCUGGGGCCUUGGACCUUGGAGGAGCCUCAACACAAAUAACUUUCGUGCCCCUCAACCAGCAGAUCGAGUCCCAAAACAACUCCCUGCACUUCCGUCUCUAUGGCAAGAGCUACAAUGUGUAUACACACAGCUUCCUGUGUUAUGGGAAGGACCAGGCUCUCCGGCUAAAACUGGUCAACAGCAUUCAGGAUGCAGAGAAUGGACUCCUAAGGGAUCCGUGCUUCCACCCAGGCUAUGAAAAGGAUGUGAACAUGAGUGAGUUCUUCAACACACCCUGCAUCAAAAAGGAUGAGAAAUCAUUUCCAUUUCACAGACUUCAAAUACAGGGUACUGGAAACUACUCGGCAUGCCUGCAUGGUGUUCAGAAGAUCUUCAACACCACCUAUUGUCCUUACUCUAAGUGUUCUUUCAAUGGAGUUUUCCUACCAUUGUUACAAGGAGAUUUUGGGGCCUUUUCUGCUUUUUACUUUGUGAUGAACUUCCUGAACUUGACAAAUUCCUCUCUGGAAGGAGCAAUUACCAAAAUGGAAACUUUCUGCUCCCGACCCUGGGAUGAGGUGAAAGCACAAUUUCCUGACAUCAAAGUGAAGUACCUCAGUGAAUACUGCUUCUCUGGGACCUACAUUCUUGCCCUCCUGCAGCUAGGAUAUGGAUUCACUGGGAAUAACUGGAAGCAUAUCCAGUUUAUGGGCAAGAUUAGUGGAAGUGAUGCCGGAUGGACUUUGGGUUACAUGCUGAACUUGACCAACAUGAUCCCAGCAGAGCAGCCUUUGUAUCCGCCUCUCUCCCAUUCGACGUAUGUCUUCCUCAUGGUCCUCUUCUCAUUGGUCCUGGCAGCUGUGUUCUUCAUUGGUUGGCUUAUCUUUCGAAAGCCUUCAUGCCUUCAGAAAGGAGCCGUAUAGCAAGUCGGCCUGAGCUCUGCUGGGUAGAGUAUGGAAGAAACACUUACAGGGAGGACUUUUCUCCCUCCUGCAAUUUCAUGCUGCACUCCUUCUUGGGGGUCAGUCUUUACCAGCACAAAGCUUCCCUUGACUUCUGCUGCACAAUUUUUCUCAGGAGGCUAUCUUGCUAUCCGUGUCCCAUGCUUCAGGGCAGAAAUCCAGCAUCUCCUUGUCAUUCUUUCUUAUUCACCUUCUUUGUCCUGUGUGUUUUAUGCUUUUGUGGGUCACAAGCAUUCACCAUUUUUUCAGAACCUCACUUUAUUGUAUUGCAUUCAUUUGGAAGAGAAGAGAUGAUGAAGCUACAAAUCAGCAACAAUUACUGGUGAAGGCCAGCGGGAUACAUGGGGAGGCUGAAGUGGCUGGACAAUAUCUCAUCUCAGCAGUUGUUUGAGUUCCUUGGGAUUUCCUUCUAUUCUCCUGCCUCCCAUUUAUGAAGAGCAAAUGGUGCCUUUGUAUGGAGCAGAGUCCAGUGGGCUCUGUAGGAAAGGUCCUUAGACUAGGCCAACAUUGGCUAGGGCCAAAGAGUGUCGUGCAGUCAUCCUCUGUGGUAGUACAAUGCUUACCUCAGUACCAUACUGUAUCAUCGCUGGGAUGUGAGCUCCUGGGGGCAGCCCCAUCUCUGCCAGUGCAGAGUUUGUUCUUAGAGCUGCUAAACAUGCAGACAUACCAAUCCUAGGACACGUAUCAUGGUGUGUGUGUGUGUGUGUGUGUAUGUCAAGAUUAAAGAUAUCUUUUCAACUCAGGGUUGGGAGUAGUACAUCUUAACGCUGUACCAGGCCUUAGCAAGGGGAGAGUCAUACUAGCUUUGGAUCAAAGUGGAAAAACCUAUCUAUCAGUUGCAGAGCAGAGAUUCUCAGACUUUUUCAUCUCUGGACUCUUGUACACUCUUUAAAAUUAUUGAGAACCAUGCCCCUCCCCCAAAGCCUUUUUGUUUGUGUGGGUUGAAUCUGCUAAUGUUUACCAUAUUAGAAAUUAAAAUGUCUAUUAUUAUAAAUAUAGUUUUGACCUCCCAGACUCCUUGGGGGUCCCCAGACCAUACUUUGAGAAUUUGCUGCUGUGGAGCAACAGGUCAUUAGGUUGUCAUGACAAUCUGCAAUAAGGUUAAUUAACAUGCUUCAGGAAACAGUGAUGCAACCCCUGCCUUUGGACCUAUUUCCCUUUGUGGGAGGUGCAUGUGCUGUCGUUAAUUUUGGGUGGGGUGGGGGAAGGGAGGAGGGUAAAGAGUCCCUGUGCCACCUACCUCCACGACCUGUUACAAGCGUUGCCUCAUAGUGCAUGAUUUUGACCUUGUUCCAAGAUCUCUGACUUCUCCUUCAGUGGGUUCAUCAUUGAGUAGGCGUCCUCUUUUCCCCAAGAACAACAGAUCUGCUUUUCAACAUGUCCAAAGGGUGUGAACCUAUGAGGAGGGAACCACCUUCUCUUCUAUAGUUAUCCCCAGCUGAAUCUCCUUGACCUCGAGCAGGAGUCAGACGCCAAAUCUGGACAAUUUAAUCCUCUCUUAUGACAAAGCAAUUAAUCAGUGAUGAGAAUACUGCUCAUUCCUGUUGGCCUUUUUCCCCAAAUCUUCUGAGCAAAAACUGAGUCCUCUGGGAUCACGGAGUUCAAUUAUGAAAAACACACAAACGUUCAUUCCAAGCCUGUGAGACAACAGUUCCUUAUGUUAAUGUCAUGCUUUAUUACCAUAAAGUACAGUAUUAUCUUAUUUGAGCUCCAUUACAACUUUGUGCAGGUAUUAUUUGUCCCAUAUUACAGAUGAAAAACUAAAGCUCAGAGAGUUUAAAUGCACCAAGGUCACACAGCUAACUUGGGGCAAAACUGGAAUUCAAAUCCAGGUCUUCUGACUCCAGAUCUAGUGCUCUUCUGUUCUAUCCCACUCAUUCUACAGGGGAAUAGUGUGUAUCUGCCACCUCUAAACAGUAUUUGAUAAUGACAGUGAGAAAAAAAUUGAGAGACUAAAUAAACGCUUCUUAGCAUCUCACUUCUAAGUCCCUCGACCAACUCAGUGCAUUCCAAAGUCAAUUUCUGACAACAGUGAGCUUCAUCACACUUUUUGGUUACCAAGAAAUUCAGAAGACAAGUUCCUAGUCUCCACAAAUCUCAGAAAAAUGAUGGAAGGAAUUAAGUCAAGGCCCUUCUCAGUCCAUGUACCAAGCCAAAAUCAGGUUAACAUACAGGGUUAGGUCAGGGUAGAUAAAUCUUUUGAUAUCAGACUUCUAUCAUCAUUGGUUACAGCUAGUUCCAAUUCUUUCUAGAACCUUCAGUCAAGAGAAUGCUCUGUGAUUUGGCAAUCCCAUUCCUUAAGACAGGGUAGAGAGUGAAGAUGGGAGGGAGGAGUGUGUGAGUGGCAUUUUUUUUCCAUUAUGGACCACAAAAGAAAAAUCAUAGGGAUCUAUAUACCACCAUAAAACCAUAUAAUUAGUGUAGGGUGUUUUUUUUCUUCAGAGAAAUAGAAAAGAAUUCAAUUGAUAUGCUUUUAAUAUUGAAAAUAGAAUAUACACAGAAAUUUGUUAAUAAUAGAAUGAAUAAUAAAAAGUAUACAUGAUUUCCAUAUUGUGGUUUUUGAGAAAACUAGCCUAGGAAUGGCAAAGAGAGUUAAGAGAUAUUCAAGGCAAGAAAAGACCGAGUAAUACAACUGGAGUGGACAGAAAACAUUUCUUUUCCCCCACUUCCCCUAGUGGUGGGAGACACUUAAAGCCAUAUUUUAUUUUUGCAAUCACAAGUACUGUGAUGUAGUUUCCAUUGGACAUUUAUUGCAUUUGAGUUUUGAAGUAAUUUUUCAUUAGGAUUUCAACAUUUCAGUUAAGAGUUUUUGUUUAAUAUUCAGGUUUUGCUGCCUUUUAAGUGAGGAUAAGUAUCAGUUAUUUGGUAUCAAUACCUGAACAAUCUGGCAAACUCAGGAAUAUAUACAUAUAUUAUAUAUAUAUAACAUAUAUAAUAUAUAUACAUAUGUAUAUGUAUAUACAUGCACACACAUAUAUAGUAAUCUUAAUUCUGAAAUAAGACAAAGAAAAUGGAUUUUAGCUUUUUAAUAAUCA